AUGAGUUCAAAUUCAAUUAGUCAAAACCCAAUUUUGCGUCAAGUUUAUUCUCACGCAGAACUAUGUACAACCACCAAGUCUACUUGUCCGGCAACGUGUUUUAUUAAUAAUCUUACACCAACCGAACUGGAACUUUUUUGCAAUCCACCCUACACUCUUACUAUAUCUUACGACAUUCUUCUCAAACCCACAGGCAAGCGACGCAAAAACAGCAACAAGAAGAGUUUGCCCCCAAGACCUCAAAAUGGUUGGAUAUUGUUUAGGCGUGAUUUUGAAAGCCGAGUACGCUCUCAAUGCCCUGACGUGCUGCAUACUCUCAAAGAAAUUUCCAAGAUGGCCGCCGAGAGUUGGAAAAGUCAACCAGAAGAAGUCAAACAAUAUUUCAACGUUCUCUCAAAACUAGCUUUACACAAACACAAGGUUAUGUAUCCGGAAUAUAUCUAUAACCCGAAGAAAUUUAAAAAUGGUGAAAACUUUAUAUUUAAGCAUUUGGACAAGGACAAAAUUGCGAAAAGUUAUAACAGUAAAGCGAGUUUGUCUAAGAAGGCUAAAGCAAGCGAUUUGAGCAAUAAUGCCUAUAGUGGCGUUAUCAGGAAUGAAAGUUAUACAGAAAAUAACGAACGGCGAUCUAACUUACCAAGUCCGAGUUCUAUCAUCGACUUUUGGAGUUUGAUUUCCGACUUACCCGACUUACUCACUCAAAUGUCUCCAAAUUCCAUUCAGACUUUUCCUUUCUUUCCUCAAUGUCAAUUCUCUAAUGACAUUAAUAACGAUAACAUAAAUGCUAGUUAUACGGAUGUUGAGUUUGGACAUUACUCCUACUAA